CUCACUGUCAGCGCCGCGUGGCUCCGGGGCAUAUCCACACCCCUGCCGGGGGCCCGGGGCCACUCAGGCUGCAGACCCCACACCCCAGGGGGUCCCUCCAACAGGCCCUCCAGGGUCGGGGUGGAGCCAACAGCCGAUGAGCUCCGUGGCCGCAUCCUGCCGACCGAACGCUCUGCCCCCCCCGGGUUCGCAGCCGAAGCCCGGGCCUCAGGGUGAUGGUGAGGGGGCUGCAAAGUGGGGCCCCCAGUGGUGCCUUCCCUGCCUCACGGAGCCACGUAAGGCUGAACGCCAGGAUGAGGGGAGGCAGGGACCCCCAGGCCUGUCCCACCCCAAGGACCCAGCUGACCCUGGGCAGCACAUGCUACAUCGGCUGAGGGCUGCCGUUCGCACAGGCCGGCAUGAAGCGAGGUCUGAACGGGGUGUGGUAGAGCCAGACCACAGCAGACGGAGGGGGGUGGGCACCGAGUCAGGAAGCAUGGAGGAGGGCUGUUGGGGGGGGAGGGACGGCCACACUGCUGACGAUGCAGGUAGGGGUGGCCCGGCUGGAAGGCCCUGGAGCCCUUGCAGGCCUGUGAUGGGGACCCAUGAUCUCAGCUACUGGACCGUGUGUCCCAGAAUCAACCUGGAAGGACAGGAGCACGUGACAAGCUCUGGGUCAAGGGAGGAAACGUCCCACCUGAAUCCCGACAAGAGAGACACCCCCCCCCCCCCCGCCCCGGGUCAGCUCCGAGACCAGAGCCAGUUCACGGCCCCAGGCCCCGUGCUUGGAGGGAGGACCCCCGGCACGGCUGCACACGUCCGCUGGCCACCUUGUCCCCGCCUUCCGCAAAGGACCUGCGGCGUUUACCGGGGCGAUGGUGCCUCGGGGGAGGGAAAGAAGCAGCCUCUGGGGGGCACGGGGCCCUGGCUCUGGUCCGACCCCGAUUCCCAGAGGCCCCAGACAUCCCUGUAACCAGCAGUCGGGGCUCACGGGGGCCCACGGACUUCUAGCCCAGGGCCACCUCGCACUGGGGCCAGCGGGUCCCCCCCACCCCCCAGUGCGCGGCCUCCUCUCCAGCUCCCGGAAGCGUAAAGGGAGUUGACAUGCUCGGCAGCUGGCAGCUCCCCACGUGGGCUCCCCGACUGUGGAGGGAGGGCCGUCGUGGCGGGACAGGCCCAGGGGAGCCUCCGGAACCACGUGGCCCCAGGACGAGAGUCCACGCACAGCAACGCCGAGUUCCCGGGGGCCGUGUAGACGCUGAGCCUCCACCCGGGACUUGAUUCCCGGCAUGCCCCAACCCCCUUGCCGGCCCGGGCCCGUGAGGGAGGCAGGAGGGUCCUGGAGGGCGGGUGACGGACCACACCAGCCCUUCCGGGCACGGCUGAUGGCUGGAGCCGAUCGAACACCCCGUGACAGCCGUGAAUCUGGUAAAGUCUUUAAAAAAAAUAAUAAUUAUUUGUAAGAUUCUAUUUUUAAGUAAUCUCUCCACUC